UUGUUGAUAUUUAGUUCCGAGCACAUCUUUCCGUAAAGCAAAAAUAAACCACUGAACUCUCCUUAUCCACAACAAUGUAUGGAAUACCACAGAAUUCCCAUCUAGGGGCCGCUGUGUGGUGGGAGGAGCGGAAGUUGAGGAAGUCGUGUAGUAGAUCGGGGAAUGAAGAGCCCGUGUUUGUUCUAACAGUGUGCCGCUCACGAGUCCAGGAAGCGUCAAUAAACCAUCCUGAUACUAAACACACACUCACUCGCGCGCACUUAUCAGGACUGUGACUCGAUCAGGACACUUUUGCAUUAUGCAUUCGGACUGCAGGCUGCUGGGAUGGACGUGUCGUUAAUGGUGGGCAGAGGGACCGGAGGGGCUGCGGUCUCCAUCCUGAUCCUCUUCAUCCUUCUCCUCGGUGCCAGAAGCUCGCGGGCGCAAAAGGGGGACGGCUGUGGACACACAGUGCUGGAUGUGGGCAGUGGAAGCCUGGCGUCUCUGGGGUACCCUCUGUCCUAUCCCACAAACUGCGUGUGUGAAUGGGAGAUCAGCGUGACCACUGGACACACAAUCCUUGUGCGCAUUGCGGAUCUUGACAUAGACACAAACAACUGCCAGGUGUCUUACCUGCGACUCUAUAACGGCCACGGUCCAGGGCGAACGGAAAUUGUGAAGUUUUGUGGAGGGAGAGAAUGGAGAGAUGCUGUUAUACACUCUGAGGGGCAUCAGGUCACAGUGCAGUUCAUGAGUGGACCACACUAUUAUUUCAGGAGUAUGUUUCUGACUGUUUCAAAGAAAAUGUGUCUCUUUUCUCAUCCUUCAGACCUCAUCACCUGUUUGGAAAAAGGAAAGCACUUCAGUGAAGCGGAGUUCAGUAAAUUCUGUCCUGCUGGAUGCCUGACUGAUUUCGGAGAGGUUUCGGGAACCAUACCGCAUGGAUACAGAGAUUCUUCUCCUCUCUGUCUGGCCGGUAUUCAUGCGGGUGUGGUGUCCAACACUCUGGGGGGGCAAAUCAGUGUGGUCAGCAGCAAAGGCAUCCCACACUACGAAAGCUCACUGGCCAACAAUGUGACAUCUGUGCCUGGAAAUCUCUCCCCCAGCCUUUUUACUUUCAAGACUAGCGGUUGCUAUGGCACUUUGGGUUUGGAGUCGGGGGUGGUCAGUCACUCUCAGAUCACAGCCUCCUCAGAGUGGGAAUGGGGCGGUCACGGAAAGGAGCCCACUGUCUGGGGCCCCACAGGGGCUCGCCUCAAAACACCAGGACGUCCGUGGGCAGCAGCCAACAGCGACACAAAAGAAUGGAUUCAAGUGGACUUGAAGAAAGAGAAAAAAAUAACAGGUAUUACCACCACUGGCUCCAGCCUCCAAGAAUAUCAGUUUUACAUUUCAGCCUAUGAGGUGUUAUAUAGCCAUGAUGGACAGCAAUGGAAACCUUACCAAGAAGUGGGAUCAGAUAAAAACAAGAUUUUCCAAGGCAACACCAACUAUCUCCAGGAAGUGCGGAACAACUUUAUUCCUCCAAUUGAAGCACGAUUUAUCAGAAUAUGUCCCUUGCAGUGGCACCAGAGGAUCGCCCUUAAAAUGGAGCUGCUGGGCUGCCAACCUCAUGCAGCGAGGCCAAGAAUCUUCCAUCCAGCCCCUCCUCCCCCUCGCAGAAAAAGCACAGUGCCCCCCCUACAGGAGAGGACGACACACACGCCCAACAUCCGAAACACCGCCAUGCCUCCGCACUCUCACGAUGAGGUGGCGCUGGUGGCAGUGUUGGUUCCUGUAUUGGUGGUGGUUCUGACAACCCUGGUGUUAGUGAUGGUGUGCUCAUGGCUGUGGAAGAACAGAAAAAGCCCCGAGGUGACUUAUGACCUUCCACAGUGGGAGCGCACAGUGUGGUGGAAGAGUAUGAAACAGUUGCUGCCCUCUAAGUUGGAUGGAGACGAUUGUGUUCGUUACAGUUCCUCGGCACGAGUGGACCACCAGAGACCCCGGGUGGAGCAUGCAGAAUACACCCAACCUCUUGUCACCGGUACUAUGGCCUCUCUUGGACAAAGGUCAACGUUUAAGCCCGAAGAGGCCGGUGGGCCCGAGUAUGAUGCACCUAUUCCCGUGGAACAUUACCAUGCUUACGCUGAGCCCCUUCCUGCUUCUGGCACUGAAUACGCCACGCCAAUCAUGAUUGACAGGGCUAACCACCUAUCAGGAGGCACUCUACCAUUCAGAGGGCAUAGUUUAGUGGCUCGGACAGACAGCAGCCAAUCAGCAAGCUCAGCCUAUGACACACCCAAGAGCACAUCUGAUCAAGCCACACCCACAGAGGGACAGUUGUACCAAGUGCCACAGAAUACCCACAGUGCACAGUGUCAGAACAAAGACUGACCAAUCACAAAUGAGCGGACCCAUUUGGAAACCCUGGGCUGAAUACUGCCUUUCCCAGAAAUCUGCAGAUCAGAUCAGAAUAUGCCGUCUCAAAUUGUAUACCGUGCAAGUCCUAUCACUGAAAUAACACACAGGAAUGUCAGGAGAGAGAGAAGAGCAGAGAUCUCGUUACACUACUGUGUUCUGUGAGUGUUCAUACGUCUAAAUGUGUGUGUACGAGUGCAGAUAUGUGACUGUGCUCUGCUAUCAAACUGUGAGUCCUUAGAUGUCUGUGCAUUUUUCUGAGAGUGGAGAUGUAUUCGUCUUGAUCGCUCAUAGUAAGGUACAUUUUUCCCUUUAGGCAAAGAUAUUUAAAAAAAAAACGCUCUCACAGAAUAACAAAUUAUCACAUUUCAAAUUAAUAGACAAACACUCUUAUAACACUGUGAUUCACUGUCAUUUUGCACUGUUGUAUUGUAUUCUGCUGCUACAUAGGUGCCUUCUUUGUGACAUAGCAACACAGGCCUGUGCUGGUUUCUCUAGUUCUGUUCCAAAACCUAGUGAGGUAACUUGCCUACAUAGGCAUCUGCCUUAACUAUGCAGCAUACUAACUUAUAGGGGUGUACAUCUGGUAUUGGUUUUCUUAGCCAGAGAUACAAUAUUUGCCAAUAACUUGAAACAUGCCGUGAUUUGGUUAGUUAAUAGAUUCAGGGGUCUGCGAUCGAUUUAUCAAUAUUACGAUGUUACGUGCCCGGUUGAAAUUUUUUUUUAACUCACAAAUGCAGUCAAAAUAUAACAUGAACAUAUAAUUAAACUCUCUGAAAAUGGCAAAUCCUGUAUCUUCGACAAAAAAUCAAAUCGCACAUGUCAAGAACCUCAGUAAUCUGAUGACAGCAAUGACAACAGUCAAAAAAAGCAUUUGUCUUCUGUGCAAAUCUAGUGUCCCCAUUAAGAAAUACAUCAAAAUUAGGUAA